AUAAUUUUUCCAACCUUAAAUUGACUUUACAAAUAAUAGAGAAAGAGCCGUUGUGUGUUGAAUUGAUUGUUGCAGUGACACGUUGCUCCCUUGCCCUCUCACCACAUCUCUCUUCUCCGUCCCUCCCUCAGGAUGAAUUCCAUCCUUUCAUCGAAGCCCUGCUGCCCCACGUCCGGGCCUUCGCCUACACAUGGUUCAACCUGCAGGCCCGCAAGAGGAAGUACUUCAAGAAGCACGAGAAGCGCAUGUCCAAGGAGGAGGAGCGCGCCGUGAAGGACGAGCUGCUGGGCGAGAAGCCCGAGGUCAAACAGAAGUGGGCGUCACGCCUCCUGGCCAAACUGCGCAAGGACAUCCGGCCCGAGUUCAGGGAGGACUUUGUGCUGACGGUGACGGGGAAGAAGCCGCCGUGCUGCGUGCUGUCCAACCCCGACCAGAAGGGCAAGAUGAGGAGGAUCGACUGCCUGCGCCAGGCAGACAAAGUGUGGAGGCUGGACCUGGUCAUGGUGAUUUUAUUCAAAGGGAUUCCCCUCGAAAGUACUGACGGGGAGAGGCUGGUAAAGUCUCCUCAGUGUUCGAACCCCACCCUGUGUGUGCAGCCGCAUCACAUUGGAGUUUCAGUCAAGGAACUGGAUCUCUACCUGGCCUAUUUCGUGCACGCAG